CAAUUCAGAAAAGGCCUUCCUAAUAACAAUGAAAUUGUUCAUUUUUAUCUAUGAGGAUUCUAAUAAAAUUCCCAAUGAUAAUUCCUAUGGUAAUGAAAAUUAUCCCCUUUUUAUUAAUGGGGAGGGCAACAUUAGAUGA